AUGACGCCGGAGCUCCCUCUCCGCCUUCUCGCAUUCCUCUGCCUCCUCUCCGCCUCGCCUGCUGCCACCGCCCUCUGCGUCGCCCGUAACGCCUCCGAUUCCGUCCCCCUUCCCACCCCCAGCUCUCCGUCGUCCAACGCCAACAUCAUUCCCCCCUCGCCGACUCGCCGGAAUCCGCAGGCCUCCGCCCAACCAGGCCCCAGCUUCCCCGUCGCCGACGACGCGAUCGCCGCGCUCUGCGGCAAGACUGACUACCCGGACGUGUGCGUGUCGUGGGUCCGCCAGCUCGGCGGCAGCGUAGGAGGCGGCCCGGCGCAUGACGCCCUGGGAGUUCUGAGCCUGCAGAUGCAGGCGUGCCGCGCGAAGGUGGAUGCGGCGAGGGCGGAGGUGUCGGCGGCGGUGGUGAAGCCCGGGACGGACCCGAGGACGGCGAGUAACCUGCAGGUGUGCAGCGACAGCUACGACGACGCGGUGGACAACCUGGACGACGCGGAGGCGGCGGUGAAGGCGAACGACAAGGGGACGAUGAACAGCAUGCUCAGUGCACUGGUCACCGACUUCUCCACGUGCGAAGACAGCUUCUCGGAGAUGAAUGCGAAGUCGCCGCAGGCCGCCACCGACGAUCUGCUCACCAAGAUGGCCAGCAACUGCCUCGCCCUCGCCUCCUUGCUCUGA